AUGGCCUCGCUACCACGGCCUGCUGUCAGCGGCGAGAAGACCAUGACAGACGGAUGGCUGCACACUAAGGGCCUAUUCCUCUCGGUCUGGGCAUUGACGAGCCGCCGUAUGAGAGUCUUUGGCGCCUUCGUCCUCUUCCUUGGUUUCUCGGGAUGGCUGUCACUUCCCACGCUCAAGACGAUCACCGUACCGCAAAUCUCCCUCGAAUACGCACAUUCACCCUACAAUCAUUCCAAAGUCGCUCUUCUCGUGGAGAACCGACCCAAUCCGAUUCUUGCGCCAUUGAUGCUGCACUUCAUCUCCGUCGUGCCUCCCGACUGGCGCUUCCGCUUCAUGGGCUCUGUCGAAUCCGUAAAGGCUAUCAACGCGUCCAUGGCGAUUCGUGAGCAAGUUGCCGCCGGCAAGCUCGACCUGACGUACAUCCCUUCAAACAUGAGCACGGCUGGUCAAGAAAUGAUCAGUCGAUUCUUGACAACCCUCUGGCUGUACGAGACCGUUCUGCAGCCUGCCGAGUGGCUUCUCGUGUUCCAGACCGACAGUAUCCUCUGCGCCAAUAGCAAGCAGAACAUUAACGACUACCUCGAAUAUGACUGGAUUGGAGCCCCGUGGAACCCUGGCGGCAGGUGGGGUGGCAACGGUGGCCUCUCUAUCCGUCGUGUCAGCGCCAUGAUUGAUAUCCUCCGAAAUCAGAAGCGUGUAGAUGGAUCUGAGCCCGAGGAUGUCUGGCUCGCUGAGCGCCUUGCUCACCGACCCGGAAGCAAGGUCGCUAACGGCACUGUAUCAUUGACGUUCAGUGGCGAGAUGCACUCGGGUGAAGUUGCAAAGAUCAACAAAGGAGCAGAGAAAGAAAAACUAGCGGCCGCUGCAGAGGGUGAACUCGUCUCGGGCAUUGAUGACUCUCGAGAGGGCUUUUACGAGCCCAUGGGCUAUCACACCGGCGGCAGUGGCCUUUACCUUCACGGCGCCAUCUGGGGUACCCCGGCCCUACGCAAACACAUCUGGGACUACUGCCCUGAGGUCAAGCUUACGCUAGCUAUGGACGCAGCCAAAUAUGUCCCUGGCAAUUGCAAGGCCAAUUGGAAGAGAGGCCUUGAAGGUGUUGAGGCGGAAAGUAGCGGCAGAGAGUACGAAGAGCGAGCGGUAGAUUCACCAUACCCAUCCGGUACAGAGUCCAUUGAAGGAAGGGACUACCCGAUGUUGCCGCCUGGCCUGACGCCAUGGUGA